AUGCCUACUUUCAACCUCAAAGAUGAUCUAGCUUUGGUCUUGCAAAGAAAGGAGACUGACAAAAAAUCCAGUUGGAAAGGAGAACUCGAACAACUUCAAAAGGUAAGUAUACCAGUGGUUCCCUAUCGCGCUGCAGAUGAAGACCUCAGCAGAGUCGCCGUCUUCAGAUCCCGAAACCGAAUCCCAGUGCUGUCAAGGAUUCACCCUGAAAACAGGACGGUCAUCGUGCAGUGCAGUCAGCCUCUUGUUGGUAUGAGUGGAAAACAAAAUAAAGAUGAUGAGAAAUAUCUUGACCUCAUCAGGGAGACUAAUAGACAGAUUUCGAAACUCAAAAUCUAUGAUGCAAGACCCAGGGUCAAUGUGAUGGCCAACAAGGCAACAGGAGGAGGAUAUGAAAGUGAUGACACAUAUCACAAUGCCGAAAUGUCCUCCUUAGACAUUCAUAAUAUUCAUGUCAUGCGGGAAUCUUUAAAAAAAGUGAAAGACGUUGUUUAUCCUAAUGUAGAAGAAUCUCAUUGGUUGUCCAGUUUGGAGUCUACUCAUUGGUUAGAACAUAUCAAGCUGGUGCUGACAGGAGUCAAAGUUGCAGACAGAGUUUCUUCAGGGAAGAGCUCUGUGCCCUUGCAUUGCAGUGACGGCUGGGACAGGACUGCUCAGCUAUCCUCCCUGGCCAUGCUGAUGUUGGACAAUUUCUACAGGAGCACUGAAGGCUUCAAAAUCCUGGUACAAAAAGAGUGGAUAAGUUUCGGACAUAAACUUGCAUCCAGAAUAGGUCAUGGUGAUAAAAACCACACCAAUGCUGACCGAUCUCCUAUUUUUCUCCAGUUUAUUGAUUGUGUAUGGCAGAUGUCAAAACAGUUCCCUACAGCUUUUGAAUUCAAUGAACGCUUUUUUAUUACAAUUUUGGAUCAUCUGCAGAGCUGCCGAUUUGGUACUUUCUUAUUCAACUGUGAAUCUGCUCGAGAAAGACAGAAAGUCCCAGAAAGAACAGUUUCUUUGUGGUCAAUGAUCAACAGCAACAAAGAGAAAUUCAAAAACCCCUUCUAUACAAAAGAAAUCAAUCGAGUUUUAUAUCCAGUUGCCAGUGUGCGUCACUUGGAACUCUGGGUGAAUUACUACAUUAGAUGGAACCCCAGAAUCAAGCAACAACAGCCAAAUCCCGUGGAGCAGCGCUGCAUGGAGCUCCUGGCCUCGCGUGACGACUACGUCAAGCGGCUGGAAGAGCAGCAACUCGCCAACUCAGCCAAGCUUUCAGACCCCCCAUCCUCACCUUCCCAAAUGAUGCCCCAUGUGCAAACUCACUUCUGA